AUGUCUGAGGAGCCUCUUGCUUAUCUGGGGUGUUUUCCUGAGACUUCCACAAAUUCAGGGGCGCAGAAGGGGCCCCAGCAGACCCCAGAGCAAAGCCACUCUCCUCACAAAGACAGGGGACCAGUGGUGGUCAAGGGCGACGCCAUACCUGAGGCUUUUGCGGUAGGAUCCACCGUCCUUCUCUUGGCCUGGAGCCGCAGGGCCCUGUAUCCCUUACCCAGCUCGCUUUGCCGACCUCGACCUCUGACGAGGAAGGCCGCCGCAGAUGGGCUUUCUCAACAGUCUGCCCCUGUUCUGUCCUCACCGUGCUCGGCCCACUAUCAGUCCAGCAACCCGAGUCGCUCCCAUGGCAACCACAGAAGCUUCCUUUUGGAGGAAGAGGAAAGAGGCGGGGCCACCGUUAAGAGGGCGGGGUACCCUUCUGAGAUAGCCUACCCCAGUGCCAAGCUGCAGAGGGACAGAUUUGAAAUCAUUGACACCUUCAAAAGCUUGACCCAGGAACUACUGAGACAAGAACAUUUAACCCAGGCUCCUCAGAGAAAUGACCCCCACCGGGUCACUGAUAGAACAUUUUUCAUUGACGGUUCCAACCAGAAUUUGAAGACCAUCCCGCCAGAGAUUUUGGCAUUAAAAGAAUUAGAAGAAGUGCAUCUGGAGAAUAACCAGAUCUCGGAAAUUCCCCAGGGCAUUCAGCACUUAGAGAAAAUCAAGGUCCUCUACCUGCAUAACAACAGCCUGCAAAAUCUGUGCCAGGAGCUGGGGUCGCUGAGCAACCUGGAGUCGCUGGACCUGAGCGGCAACCUGCUGGUCCUCUCCUCGCUGCAGGUCAUCUGCCACCUCCGCACCCUUCGCGAGCUGAGGCUCUACAACACCGGCCUGACCGAGGUUCCCUCGGGCAUCUGCAAAUCCCUGCACCACCUAGAGCUGUUAGGCCUGUCAGAGAACUACCUGGAAUCGCUGCCCAAGGAAAUCGUGAACCAGACCAAGCAGGAGAUCUACCUGAAGCAGAAUCACUUCGAGAAUUUCCCUUGCGACCUAUGUGUCCUCUGCAACCUGGAGGUGAUCGAUCUGGACGACAACAAGCUGAAGACCAUCCCGGAAGACAUCGGGCACCUAGUGAGGUUGCAGAAGUUCUACGUGGCGUCUAACCACCUGAUGGGUCUACCGGACUCUCUGAGCCACUGCCGCAAGCUGUCGGUGCUGGAUUUGACCCACAACUCUAUCCAUUCCCUGCCCCACAGCCUGGAGCAACUCACGGAGCUCACGGAGGUGGGGCUGAGUGGGAACCGGCUGGAGAAGGUGCCGCGCCUGAUCUGCAACUGGGUAUCGCUGCAUCUGCUGUAUCUGCGCAACACCAGCCUGCACGGGCUGCGGCGCUCCUUCAAGCACCUGGUCAACCUGCGCUUCCUGGACCUCAGCCAGAACCACAUAGAUCGCUUUCCCGUGCAGAUCUGCACACUCAAGGACCUGGAGAUCCUGGCGCUGGAUGAUAACAAAGUGAAGCAGUUACCACCAGCCAUAAGCUCGCUUUCUAAACUGAAGAUCCUCGGGCUCACAGGAAAUGACUUUGUGUCCUUCCCAGAGGAAAUCUUUUCCUUAGUGUCCCUGGAGAAAUUAUAUAUCGGACAAGACCAGGGGUCCAAGCUUUCCUCUUUGCCAGAAAACAUCAAGAAACUGACGAAUCUUAAGGAACUGUACAUAGAGAACAACCAACUGGAAGAGCUGCCAGCAUCCUUGGGGUUAAUGCCAAAUCUGGAAGUCCUUGACUGCCGGCAUAAUCUUCUUAGGCAACUCCCGGAUGCCAUUUGCCAAACUCGAGAUUUGAGAGAGCUCCUGCUGGAAGACAAUUUACUCAGUCGCCUCCCGGAGAACCUUGAUCACCUGGUGAACCUCAAGGUCCUAACGCUGACCGACAACCCCAUGGAGGACCCUCCCAUGGAAGUGUGUGAGCAGGGCAACGAAGCCAUAUGGAAACACCUGAAGGAGAACAGAAUCAGAAAAGUGAUGGCCACCAAGAUUCAGGCGUGGUGGCGUGGAAUCAUGGUCCGGAAAGGAUAUGGAUCCUACGAAGAGCUACUAAAAGCCCGGAAGAAAGGAAAAUCCCCUCCAAAGGAUAAGAAAGGAAAAGCUGCCCCAAAAGGAAAACCCGCAAAAGGGCAUAAAAAAUAAUUAUGUAAAUGGGUGAAUGAAAAUAAAGAUUGCUAACAGAGCAGGAAGGCACCGUGUCUAGGGGCUACACAUCAGCCACAUGAAAAUUACCCACGAAAUUAAAGCUGUUUGUAAUAAUGAAAUAGUCUUAUUUUACUGGAA